AUGAUCAUCUACAGGGAUCUUCUCACUGGUGACGAGAUCAUCGCCGAUACGUCAAAGAUCAUUGACGCCGGCAACGGUCUGUGGGAGGUCGAUGGCCGCAUGAUCAAGAAGGGUGCUGAGAACAUCGUCCUUGCGGGCGCCAACCCGUCAGCCGAGGGCGAAGAUGCCGAUGAGGGUGGUGAGGAAGGCGCCAGCGAGCCCGUCCUCGAUCUUGCCGAUCAAUUCAGAUAUCAGAAGAUGGAGGGCGUCUCCAAGAAAGUCUACCAGGCUGAUCUCAAGAAAUACAUGAAGGCCCUCGUCGAGAAGAUGAGGGAAGCCGGCAAGUCUGAGGAGGAGAUCAAGGCGUUCCAAAGCGAGGCUCCCGCCGCAGCGAAGAAGAUUCUUGGCAACUGGGACAACUACGAUGUGUACAAGGGCGAGUCAAUGGGCGAGGUCGCCAUGUACGUCCUGGUCGACUUCCGUGAGGACGGCAUGACGCCCUAUGCUACCGUCUGGAAGCACGGUCUUGAGGAGUACAAGGUCUAA